AACGCGACGAUCCUUAACUUCCUUCAUCAUGGCACCUCGUCUCAUUGACUCCGACUCCAGCGACGACGACGCCCCUGAGGCGGUCACCCUUACCCAAUCCAAAACCGCAGCUCGCGAGCGCUCGAAGGCGCUCACGCAGCAUCAUGCUGAGCUGAACGAGAAGAAGCGCGAGAAGAAUAGGCGGCGCGAUCAGCAGCUGAAGGAGCAGGCGAAGGAUCGGAAACCCGGCAGGAAAGGGAAGGAUGAGAGCGACGAGGAUGAGGGGAGCGACGACGGCGCGGACUCGGCUGCCAUAGCACGUAUGGAGAAGGCGAUGCGCGAGGCGGAGAGGGAGUCGGAUGAGGAAGGGGACGAAGAUGAAGAAGAGGACGAGGACGAGGAGAUGCUAGGAGAUAAUGACUCUGAAGGGGGCAGCGACGAUGAUGGAGACAUGGACGAAGACGACGAGGACGACAGCGAAGCCUCCGAAGACGAGGUCGUCUUCCCCUCAAAUCCCAAUCACCUCCCCGAUCACUUCUUCACCUCCGCAUUCGCCUCCUCCUACCGUCCCUCGAAAGGAGACGCAAAGAAGGACGCAGACAAGUCAGCGGGGAAGAAGCAGAAGAAGCGUCGGCGACCUAAGUCGGGCGCGAAGGACAUCGUCUUGGGCGCGCGCACAUUCCGAGUCAACUCAUCCGGUCCCAAGCAUCCGUCUGCGGCUGCAACAAUCCCUUCAGCGAAAGUACGGAAGUUUGUCGAUCGCAGUCUCGCUCUCAAGGGAAGUGCUGCUCGCACGCGCGGAUGGGAGAGAAGACCAGUACACCUGGGAGCCAUGCGUCGCAAUGGCGCACCCGCCAGCUUCGUUCGCAAUCAGUACACAUCAUGAACCUGUACAUCGCGCUUUCGAGAUCAUCUACUGCCUGCUUGCAUCGGUC